CCCGAGAUCUACAGCUUGUUAGUGUUAUAGACUAGUCUAGGUUGCGGCGCCCUGCACCCUGGUGGGGCGUCGCCGGAUGCCCGUGUAGCCAUGGCGUCUAAUCGGGACGGAAUGGGAUUUGAAGACCGCUUCACGGCGGUAGAAAUUGAGACUCAGACGAAGGCCUUUGACGCCAACCAGUACUCUUUCUUCGGCGAGCUUACCGCGGCGGACACUGGGCUAGAAGGAGCGCUUGAGGAUGGCCUGGAGGCUCCGCCAGACGAGGAAGGCCUGGAGUAUGGCCUUCAGGUUGCAGAGAACGAUGGACUGGGGCUGGAAGAGGAGGAGGACUACUCGGUCGCGGCCAUGUUCCGCAACCAGUUGGGCUUGGCCCCGGCGACAAAAACGCCGGCCAAAGCGCUGGACCCAGACGACGACGCUGGAAUGGAUGCGCUGUUGACGGAUCCGCUGGCGGUGGCGCGGAAGCAGCUCCGUGAUGAGGACUACGACCACCGGGAGGAAGACCUGCCCGCGGAGCUCUUCCCCACGCCCGCCUCUUACGGCCUGUAUGAGGGCUACGCGGCCGCGCUGGGGAACCUCGGCAAUGGCGACGCCGCAGCCCACGAGCAGCAGCAACAGCAGCAGCAGCAAGCGCAGGCGCUAAUGCAGCAGCAGCAGCACUCGGCGAUGCCAGCGGCGCCGCCCAGCAAUGCCGGCAGCGCGCUGCUUUCCAUGAUCAAGAAGCCCAAGGCCAUGACGCUGGAGGAGCUGGAGGCACGAAUGCUGGGCAGCGCAGCGGCGGACGCGGCCUCACAGCAGCAGCAGCGCGGGCCGGCACCGCCCCUGCCUCCCCACCUGCAGCAGCAGCACCAGCACCAGCACCAGCAGCAGCUUAUGGGCCCUCCGGGCAUGCCGCCGCCGCCCAUGGGCCAGCAGCAGCAGCGCAUGCCGCCGCCGCAGGGCCCUGGCUUCUUCCCGCACGGGCAGCCGCCGCACAUGGCGCCGCCGCCGCCGCCGGGCCACCCGCACCUGCACGGUCCGGGCGGGCCCAUGGGCCCGCCGCCGCCUCCGGGCAUGCCGCCCAUGCACGGCAUGCCGCCGCCGCCGCCGCCGCCGCAGGGCGCGCCCGGCAUGUACCCGCCGCCGGGGCCCAUGGGCCACAUGGGGCCGUCCGGCGGCCCUCCCCACCCUGGCAUGUUCGGCCCCAACGGCGUGCCCAUGCCGCCGCUGGGACACCCCAUGCACCCGGGCCACGGCCACGGCCACGGCCCCAUGAUGCCCGGAGCCAUGGGCCAGGGCCCCUAUGGCCCGCCCGGCCCCAUGCAGCGCGGCCCCUACGGCCCCAUGGGACCCGGCUUCAUGCACGAGGGCGGCGGCUUCCCCAUGCGGCCCAUGGGCUCCGGUCCUCCGGGGCCACUGGGCAACGCGCCGCUCAACGGCCCGCCGCAGCGGCCCGGCAUGCCCUUUGGCCCCGGUGGCCAGCCCGGACCGCGGCCCGGCGUGAUGCUGCCGCCGCCUCAGCCCGGCGGUGGGGGCGCGGUGAUGCCGCGGCCGGCGGGCCUGCUGGGCCCCGGUGCGGCCGGGCUUCGGCCCGCGCAGGCGCGCCCUGGUGGCUCGAACGGUCCUGACUUCGGACAAGGGUUCUCCCGCGCCAUGCCCGGCAUGAUGAUCGGCGGCGUGGCGGCGCCCAUCGCGCUGGCGGCGGCCGCAGCGGCGGCGGGCCGCGCCGGCGGCGCCGCCAGCGGCCCCGGCGGGCGCCUGGGCGGCAAGUGGAUGAAGCCCGACGACGUGGAGUACGUGGUGCGCUCGCUGCUGUACACCGUGGCCAACGGCGUGCCCUACGUCGAGGACUACUAUUACCAGGCGUUCCUCCACAAGCACGUGCCCCAGCCCACGCGGCAGCAGCUGUCGCCCGGCGCCUUCCCCAUGGCGGCGCCCUUCGUGCCGGAGGCGCUGCGCGAGCUCAGCGACGAUGCCAUGGCACACAUUGCGCGGCUGGACCCCAGCGCCCGCGCCAAGUUCGUGGAGGGCAUCACGGGUCUGGGCAAGAUCGUGCUGACCAACAUCCGCACACCCAAGGUGCUGAUGGACCUGUCGGCCACGUCAAACACCGGCGGCAAGGCCAAGGAGGCCGACGGCGGCGAGGCGGGAGCCAAGGCGCCCGCGCGGCCGCUGGAGCAGGAGCCGCUGCUGGCUGCCCGCAUCAUGAUUGAGGACGUGAUGAACCUGCUGCUGGACGUGGACGACAUUGACCGCCUGUCCACACACAUGGCCGCAAUGGCGCAGGCGCAGCAGCGCGCCGCGGCCGCAGCCGCGCUGGACCGCGGCCUGGCGCCCGCCGCUGCGGCCGGCGCAGCCGCCGCCGUGGCAGCGGCAGCCGCCGCAGGCGUCGCGCCGCCGGUCACGCCCUACGGGCCCACCUCGGCGGCGCCUCCGGCGGCGCCGCAGCUGCGCCAGCGGCGCGAGCUGCUGCUCGCCGGCAUCAAUGGCGCCUUCCGGCUGCCCAACACGCCGGCCGGCGCCGGCUCUUCUUCUGAUGCCGCCGCUGCUGUUGAUGCCGCCGCUGGCGCCGACGGCGUGGCCCUGGGUGACGGCGUACUGCUGCGCAUCAUGGCGCUCAGCAAGGGACGCACCGUGGUGGCGCGCGCGCUGCUCGCCAGCGCGCCGCCCGCCAGCCUCAAGCCGCCGGCGGCGCCCGGCGCCAAGGCGCCCGGCAGCAAAGCCGCCGCUGGCAAGGGUGCCGCUGCGGCGCCGGAGGCGCCCAAGCCGGCGGAGGAGAGGGACCAGAAGGAGGCCGCUGACGCUGCGGCCGCGGACGCUGCGAACGGCAAGGAGGGUGCGGAGGGCGCCGCCGCCGCUGACGAUGCCGCGGCGGCUUCCAGCGCCUCGGCGCUGGGCCCCAACGGCCCCAGCCCCUACGUGCUGCUGUGGGCGGUGCUGCGCAACGCCUGGCAGCUGUUCGGCCCCAGCCUGCAGGGCCUGGACCCGGCGGCGGAGCGGCCGAUGCUGGAGGCCACUUCGCGGCUGGCGGCGGCGCUGCGUGACGCGCUGCUGCGGCUGCCCACGCCGCGCGACGUCGUGGACGCGGCGGUGGCGUUCAACGCCGGCGCGGCGCACCACGUGGAAGCGCUGGGCCGCAGCAACCCCGGCGCCGGGCCCAUGGAGACCACCAUGCUGCCGCUGGCGCAGACGCGCGCGGUGGAGGUGCCGGCCGGCGGCGCCGCCGGCGGCCCCGGCGGCGUGGCGGGCACGCCGUCGGCGUGGCUGGGCGAGGCGCUGGCGGCGCUAGUGACGCGCGCGUCGCAGCUAGGGCUGGCGGCAGCCGCGGGCGCGAGCGAGGGCGCCGGCGCUGCCGGCGAGCCUGCUGCGGCGGCGGUGCUGGUGGCUGGUGGCGAGGGCGCUGAUGUCGACGCCGCGUGGGUGCGGGAGUACGGGCAGCUGCAUGAGCGCGUGGCCCGUCACCUGGGCACGUUGGGUGGCAUCCACGCCAUGGCCACCAGUAGCAACAAUGCCGAGGCGCUGGCGGUGGUGCGCGCGCUGUGCUGCAGGCUGCUCGUGAACGCCAUGCUGCCGCAUGCCUCCAUGGAGCAGGCGCGCAAGCUCAAGGAGGCCCUGCAGGCCUUUUCGGGAUAGCCUGCUGCAGCAGCAGGGGCUCCUCUCGCCAGCCGCAGCACAGUACAACGGCCGAGGGAACCAUGCGCACAACUGAUUGCUGGCACGGGUAGCUCAAUGCGCAUUACAGGGAUGGAAGCUGACAGCGCAUGUCCACUGGUGCAUCCUCCGGUUCGUCCUGACAUGUCGUCCUUACUAUUAGGUUUGGGGUUUCACAGGUGGGUUUUGGUUUUGGGGGCUGGGGUGUUGUUCAGUAAGUUGUACUCGGAAUCGGUAGCGACAGCACAUGUGACACGAUGACAAGUUGUGCAGGACAGGCGCUCGGACAGAACCUCUGUUAUUUUAGGCAGGACUCCGGGACCCUAGAUGUGGAGUGUGCACAGAGCUCAAUGCCAGGAGGCAUGGACCGAGCCGACUGCAAGAAUCACGUCCAGCAGUGCGUUACUGUUUGCGUGUGCGGACCGGAGCGCCUGCUUUUAACAAGGCGCUCUGUGUCAGAGUGUUGUGAUGUGUGCAUCAGGGCUGUUAACGCUGGCAAAUAUGACACGGGUAGUCCAACGGAGUGCAGGCCUCAUAAAGCGUAGACUCCAGAGGGGGCCAGCAGAGGUGCAGCGGGGAUGGGGCAUGCCCGAACCUCCUGCUGCGCAUCAGGAUGUUUGUUACGGUAGCGGUGCUCGGGCGACGUACGCCAUGUCGUAGUCAUGAUGGUGUGUGCCGUACCAUCGUACAAGAGAUGUGGGGCUGCCGCCUGGCCGCUCCGUGGCUGCCAGCUGGAAGGGGACCAGAAGGCUGGGCGGGUGUAAGGCUCUAGAGGCGAGGUCCUACAGUGUCAGCAACGCGUGACUGUGCAAGGUUCCCUGUUUUUGCAGUUAACCAAGACCCAGCUGUUGAAGCUGCCUGAGCUUAGGAACCCCGAUGGUGGCCGCAGGCUGGCCCACAGCCGCCUGAGCUGUAUGAUGAUAUUCAGAGUGCUUUUGAUGAUACUGGAGGUCGUUGCCGCUUGCCACUGCCGCCCCGCAAGCAAGCAGGGCCUUCUCCUAUGCAAACAAAUACCGGCAUAGCUGAGACCCUGACAGAGGUUGACAAGUGCAC